GUCAGGUGUCAGGGACCCGGAGAGGCCUGGGGCUCGUGGGUCCCGUGCUGCCCCGCGCUCACCCGCAGGGCCUGGGUGCCGGGGGCCGGCAGUAAGGGAUGGGCAGAUUCGGGCACCUGGUGCCGCUCUGAGCUCUUCCCGGGUCCUCGCCUGUGUCCCGUCACGGAGGGAAGUGGCGAGCCCACGGCCACCGGGAGCAGCUGGAGGACCAGGGUUGGGGCCGGGGUCUCUGGAGCCUGGUCUGCUCAGCUUGUGUAGCUGCUCAGUGGGCCAAGGAGGAGGACCGGGUCACGGGGUCACCGUGUGCUGAGCCCCGGGGGCCCUGAGUGGCCUGUGCCUAGAAUGCGGGCGGGAGCCAGGGUCCUACCCCCACCCCGAUGGGGAGCUCAAGGGUCCGAGGAGCCAUUGAAAGGGUUCAGGGUCGCACCAGCUUGGCUGUGCCAGGAGGGGGGGAUGUUGAGAACAUGGGGCGGGCACAGCCCUGAAAGGACCACUAGGCUCUGGGCAGGACCAGUGGGCCCCGCCUAGUCCCCUUGGGGUCCUGGGGAGAAGGAGGUGGGGGUGGGAGAGCAAGGGUUUGAGGAACUGGGAAGGGGGGUGAUUUGGAAAGACUGUUUUUGCUCAAUGUAUGGACUUCCUACAGUGAACAUGUACUAACUCGUAAGCGUGAAUAAAGAUGAACGUGAGGUUUAGGGGUUGGGUCCCAGGAUUGAAACACAGGUGGAAGGAUGCGGUCAAGCCCAUUUAGAGGAGUGUCAGCCCAGUCCUUCCUCCACUGCUUCACGUUGGCCAGCGCUGCCUUCAACCUGCAGGUGGCCACCCCUGGGGGGAAGACCAUGGACUUUGUGGACGUGAGUGAGAGCAACGCACGCUGGGUGCAGGACUUCCGCCUCAAGGCCUAUGCCAGCCCUGCCAAGCUCGAGUCCAUCGACGGUGCCCGGUACCAUGCCCUCCUGAUUCCCAGCUGCCCCGGGGCCCUGGCCGACCUGGCCAGCAGUGGGUCUUUGGCCCGAAUCCUGCAGCACUUCCACUCGGAGAGCAAGCCCAUCUGCGCGGUUGGCCACGGGGUCGCCGCCCUGUGCUGCGCCACCAACGAGGACCGGUCGUGGCUGUUCCGAGGCUACAGCGUGACCGGGGUGAGUGCAGCAGGGCCGGGCGCGCUCGGGCCUGAAGCACAGGGACGGCCGGGACGCUGGGGCCCACGGUCCCCUCUGGCCGGGUGACUCCACUUGUCCAGACGGCACCAGGCUUGCCGUUGUCUGUUGUCUGCUGGCAUCACGGAGGCCCGUUCAGGCCGUGGGUGAGGACAGAGGCCCUGCCUCGCCUGACCCUCACAGCCCCGCUUGCUUGC